AUGUCAAAUCAAAAUGAUCUAUCUACAACUCCUAAAUCAUCAUCAUAUUUAUCAUUCUUUCCUGAUGAUUAUUUAUAUUAUUUAGAAUUUUUACCAAAUUUACAAAAUACUAUAAAUUUAUUUAUGACAUUUACUCCAUUAUUUUCAUAUGGUACAACAUGUAUAUCAAUAUAUAAACGAAAAACUUCAUUAGGUUUCAGUAUAGAUAUUUGUGGAACAAUGUUUAUGGCAAGUAUAUUAAGAAUUUAUUAUUAUAUUUGUUCACCUUAUGAAAUUACAUUGUUGAGACAAUCUAUUAUAAUGAUUUUAAUACAAACUGUUUUGUUGAAAAUUAGUUUAGCGUAUCGACCUUCAGAUUAUGAUCCUGAAUUAUUAUCAUCAUUACCUAAUUUAAAACAUGAAAUUGAAAUGAAUUUACCAAGAAGAUUAAGUUUUAGUUCGAUUAAUUUUGAACAUAAAAAUUAUUCAUCAAUGGAUACCUUGGAGUUUGUAAUUUUAAAAUUUAAAGAUUUAUAUACUUUAGCUUGGUGUUAUUUCAAGACAUUUUUUAAACAAACUUUACGAUUAUUUGAUGUUUACUACAAAAGACCUGGUUUAUUUUGGCAAUGGUCAAAUGAAUCAUCAUAUUGGAUAUUUUUAAGUGGAUUUGCUUUAGUUUUUGGAAUAUUAACUGGUUUUUUCAAAAAUAAUGAAAAUUUUGCAAAUUUUAUUGGUAUAUUAGGAUUAUUUAUUGAAAGUUUAUUACCAUUACCACAAAUUUUAAUGUUAAAUCGUAUACAACUGGUUAAAAAUUUUAAAAUUAUCUUGUUGUUAAGUUGGUUAGGUGGAGAUUGUACAAAAAUUUCUUAUUUAAUUUAUGGAACUAAUCAAAUUUCAAUUAUUUUCAUUGCUGCUGGUUUAUUUCAAAUGUGUUUGGAUUUAUUUAUUGCUUAUCAAUAUAUUAGUUUAAAAUAUUUAAAAAGUCUUGGUGGUUCAAAACUAAAUCUGCAACAUUCAGUUGAUGAAAUUGUACAUAAUAUAUUAUCAGAUACUCGAGAGGAAGAUUUAGAAAUGAAUAUUUUAACUUCUUCCAGUAAUGCAUCAAGUAGAUAG